CAAAGAAAAUUGUUGCCAUUAUUACUGCUCUGUCUAUAACAACGGUGCGAAUGUUGGAAGCAUGGAAGCAUACCAAAGGCCGAUAAUGGCGGCAAAACAUUUCUAGCCCAUUUCCCCAAAUUACCCCUCCCCUUCAAAGACAAACCAGCUCAAGAAACAAGGCCGCUUUAAAAGCAUCUUUCGCUGUUGCUUUUUUGUUACUCAUAGAUAAGGAAAAAGUUGGUUUGAAUCUUUUUUUGGGUUUUUUAAAAGUUUUUUUUUUUUGUGCUUUAGCAUGGAAAACGGUGCUGCCGGUGGUGGAGUCAAUGGGUUUGGCUUUCCGGACAAGGAAACGGCGGCGCUGCGGUGGCCGUGCGGCUUUCCCAGGCUUUCAACUGUUCCAACACUGCUCCCCUGCCCUUCAAAUCCCCAGGAAUGGCGACAUCUUUAGGGUUUCCAUUUACGUUUGCACAGUGGAAGGAACUGGAGAGGCAAGCUAUGGUGUAUAAGUACAUGAUGGCAUCUGUACCUGUGCCGCCUGAUCUUCUCUUACCUCUCCCCACAGACGCUUAUAAUGCUGCUCCUCCCAGUUUUCAUGCUCAAUCCGGCAGGAGCGGCGGCGUGGGAUUUUCCGGCAAGAACAGAGAUUUAGAGCCGGGGAGGUGCAAGAGAACGGACGGCAAGAAAUGGCGGUGCUCGAAAGAAGUUGCGCUGAAUCAAAAGUACUGCGAGCGCCAUUUGCAUAGAGGCCGUCCCCGUUCAAGAAAGCCUGUGGAAGAUGCAAACAAUAACAACAAGAAAACUCGUCUUCAACAACCACCUCUUGAGUCUCCUUCAAUGGUGGUUUCCCAGCAGCCUGCAAAUCCUGCCCCUUCAUCAUCAGAUAAGCACAAAGAAGCCCCCCAGUGUGUUGAUUCUAGAAUGGAUCAGAGCUUCUCCAUCUCCCCUUUCAAUGAACCACGCAGGAGUUUGGACUGGGAGAUGGGAGGAACUGAGGAGCAAUGGAAACAAUUGAUGUCUCUUGAGAGCAAUGUCUACAGAGACAAUGCACAAACUCUCCAGCAGAUGAGCUUGUUUCACUGCAAAGAUUAUUAUGGCAGCAUUAGACAAAAUGGGGAGUGCAAUCUGUAUUUCAAUCCGGAUUUGGGAUCACUGAACAAAGAGUUCAUCAAUGCCUGGGCAAAUGGCAGCAUUGCUAGUAGCAACAGUAACACCAAUUCAGACUAUGCACUUUCUCUAGCAAUGGCUGCUGGGAACAUUCUUGACAGUGAGAUGGGAGUGGAGGAUGGCAAUGCAGGGGGGAACUAUGAUGAAGAGCAUACAAUGUGCAGCGGCAAUUUAACGUUGCGAUCCCCUGUCUCGUGGGUCCCUUUUGCCUCGGGAGGGCCGUUGGCCGAGGUUCUGAAGCCCAGCCAACAGCUCCACCACCCCUCCUCGUCGUCCUACAUCAGCAAUGGUGACUCGAUCAGCCCUGCCGGGACGACGGUCUCCUCGCCCUCGGGCGUUCUUCAGAAGACGAAUCUGUUUUCGCAAUCUGAUGGCAGCGUUUGUAACAGCCCGACUGUUGCAGCUUCUGAAUUGGUUCCAUUCCAGUGGCUUAGCUAAGACUCUGCAGAGACAGCAAAUUUUCUUGAAAUUCCUAUGUUUUUGUGUUGCUUUGCUUUGCUUGCUGCAAAGUGAAAAUUGAGUCCUAUUCAUAUAUAUAUAUAUAUAUAUAUAUAUAUAUUUAUGUUGUCCCUUUUACCAUUGUAUAAGUGCGUACCAUAAAAUACUGUCAGCAGAUUUCCUUUGAACCAAAGUUGUAAAUUUAAGACUGCAAAGAUAGCAGUUUUUGUUAUGUUUUUUAUUCCAAACCUUAAAAUUCCUAUGUUUUUUUGGUUCUGUUUUUGCUUGCUACAAAGUGCAAA